AUGUUUGCCGGGCGUCAUGGAGACGGAGGAACCCUGGCUCAACAAGCGGCCGCGCGGUUGGCUGGCGGCUGGAGACCGAGGAGGAGGGCGGAGGCGGAGGGGAGGGCAGAGGGUUGGUGGAGCAAGAGGAAACCCCGGACGACGACUAGAAAAAGGAGGCGGGCGGCCCGGGCCCCAGGCCCCUCCCAGGUUCUGAGUCUCCCCGGCUGCAGGCGGAUGGAUGGGGCUUCUUCAGGCGGUGGCGGCAGCAGUGAAGGUGGCGGCGGCAGCAGCGGCAGCGGCUAUGGUGUGGUGGCUCGAUUCUCCCAGUGCCUGGCUGAGUUUCGGACGUGGUUAAGAACCAACUGGUUGAGGUUCAAUGCAGACAAGACGGAUGUGAUGCUGAAAAUGUGCAUCAGAUGUUUAUGUUUAAUUGGUUUACAGACUGUCUGUGGACUCUUUUCCUGUCAAAUUACCAGCCAUCUGUUGAGUCUUCAAGUCCAGAAAUGGAUGAAAUAUUUGACUGCCCAUGAAAGUACAGGAGGUUCAGCAACGUCAGAUGACCAUGAAUUUGAUCCAUCAGCUGACAUGCUGGUUCAUGAUUUUGAUGAUGAACGAACAUUAGAAGAGGAAGAAAUGAUGGAAGGAGAAACAAACUUCAGUUCUGAAAUAGAGGAUCUUGCAAGGGAAGGAGACAUGCCAAUUCAUGAACUUCUCAGUCUUUAUGGUUAUGAUAGUACUAUUCGACUCCCUGAAGAAGAUGAGGAGGAGGAGGAAGAGGAAGAAGAAGGUGAAGACGAUGAAGAUGCUGAUAAUGAUGAUAACAGUGGCUGUAGUGGGGAAAAUAAAGAAGAGAAUAUAAAGGACUCAUCAGGUCAAGAGGAUGAAACUCAGUCUUCCAAUGAUGAUCCGUCACAAUCUGUUGCUUCUCAAGAUGCCCAAGAAAUAAUCCGGCCACGUCGAUGUAAAUAUUUUGAUACAAGAAAUAAUUGUCUAAGGAUGCGGUUUUCUAAGAUUGGAGUUAUCCUAGAUAGCGAAAUAGAAGAAGAAUCUGAAGAAGAUGAAGAUUAUAUUCCAUCAGAAGACUGGAAAAAGGAGAUUAUGGUGGGCUCCAUGUUUCAAGCAGAGAUUCCAGUUGGCAUUUGUAGAUACAAAGAAAAUGAAAAAGUAUAUGAAAAUGAUGAUCAGCUCCUGUGGGACCCUGAGUACUUACCAGAAGAUAAAGUGAUUGUAUUUCUUAAGGAUGCAUCUAGAAGAACAGGUGAUGAGAAAGGUGUAGAAGCAAUUCCUGAAGGAUCUCACAUAAAAGACAAUGAACAGGCAUUAUAUGAAUUGGUUAAAUGCAAUUUUGACACAGAAGAAGCACUGAGAAGAUUAAGAUUUAAUGUAAAAGCGGCUAGAGAGGAAUUAUCUGUUUGGACAGAAGAAGAGUGUAGAAAUUUUGAACAAGGGCUAAAGGCCUAUGGAAAAGAUUUUCAUUUGAUUCAGGCUAAUAAAGUUCGAACAAGGUCAGUUGGUGAAUGUGUAGCAUUCUAUUAUAUGUGGAAAAAAUCUGAACGUUAUGAUUUCUUUGCUCAGCAAACGCGAUUUGGAAAAAAGAAAUAUAAUCUUCAUCCUGGUGUAACGGAUUACAUGGAUCGUCUUCUAGAUGAAAGUGAAAGUGCUGCUUCUAGUCGAGCACCAUCCCCUCCCCCAACUGCCUCAAACAGUAGUAACAGCCAGUCUGAGAAAGAAGACGGCACUAUAAGCAAUAGUAAUCAGAAUGGGGUGUCAUCUAAUGGACCAGGUGAAAUGUUGAACAAAGAAGAAAUAAAAGCUGAAGGGUUACAUGUGAAUGGACCAACAGGUGGAAAUAAGAAACCACUUCAUGCAGACGUGGAUACUAAUGGUUAUGAAACAGAUAACCUUACCACUGACCCAAAACUUGCCCAUAUGACUGCAAGAAAUGAAAAUGAUUUUGAUGAAAAAAGUGAGAGACCUGCCAAAAGGCGAAGGGUAAACAGCAGUGGAAAAGAAAGUCCAGGUUCUUCUGAAUUUUUCCAGGAAGCAGUGUCACAUGGAAAAUUUGAAGAACUUGAAAACACCGAUGACUAAAUUUUAGACUUAUUUUACUUUCUUUGGAGUAAAAUCUGGUGUGACUAAAAUUUUCAGGGUUGAUGGGUUACCUUAAAAAGUUGAUUUCCUUGAAGCAGUUGGUUAAAUUUGAAAUGAGUCCUGAUUUUAGUAAGAUUUCAUAAUUCUGCCCUUUGUAGACUUUUUACUUUAAAAGUGUAAAGACCCUGUUAAGGCUAUAACAAAUAGUUUAGUAAAUUUGAAUGAACUAUGGAAAUAUCUGUACCUUCUCAUUUGAUGUGUCAAUCUUAAAAGCUCACUACUGGUACUUUUUGCUUAGUUUGAUGGCAGAGAAGAAAAAACCAAGUUCUGAUUUCUGUUGAACACCAGUUUUUCUGAGUUUCUUGAAAUGUCUUCUUUUUUUAAGACAUUUUCUCUCCAUACAAAUUGAGUGUCAUUAUUAAGGAAACCCUUAUGAAUCCUGAAAGUUAUGCUAGCAUGAUUUUUUAUAUAUAGAAGUUUAAAAAUAAACCAAGUCAGGUUUGUAUAUGUAAAAUUGUUGACAUCAAUGAUGUCUUUCCAUAUUCUUAUCUGGGCUUAAGAAAUACAUUCUGUAUUUUUCCAGAUUCUUUGUAGCCUUUGAAAGAUUUUUACAGUACAUAUGUCUUGACUGAGCUGUCCUUUCUUAAUACAAAAGCUUGUAUAAUUUUCUUAACUUGUACAGUUGGUAAACUUUUAUGAGAGGAAUUGAUAUUCUGAGUCUGUCAGCUUUCAUUUUAUUUUGCUAAGGUUUUUCUAAUGAAUUUUUAAGUGUUUGUGUAGUAACUAAGUCAUGUUUCUUAUACAGGUGGUAAAAGCAUUCAUAAAGGAUUGUGAAAAUUUGUUUUUUCAAAUUUCUACUUAAGGACAAAUAGUUUGAGAAUUCUGAAAUUAAGCAUGAUACCUAGAUCGCAUAGUUUGUUUUGCGUUUGCUAUAAUUUUCAAAAUUAUUUUUGAAGCAAGACAAAAGUUUAAUGUUAGCUUAAGUGCUUAAAUGUAUCAUGCUGACCAGAAUCCUGUUCGAUUAUUUUUAUAUGCAUUAUAAAAUUUCCCAUUUUUGCAUUAACUAAACAGGGGAAAAGGUCAAGCAAUAUUUAGAUAUUGGCACACACAAGGAUUUGGCAGAUAACAAUAUUGAUUUUAUGUGGAAAAAGUGAUGAAGUUGAGUGUAUUUCCAAAAUGAAGAUAAGAUGAAUAACCAUUGCUCUGUGUGAUUACAAAUAGGAUCAUCUAUUUGCAUAGCCUUUCAAGAGUGCCAUUUUAUUUUUAGUGCAAAAUUCUUGUUAAAAAUGUAGUUUUAUACAGCUGAUAGACCAACCUAUAUCCAAACUUUUAUAAAAGAUUAUUAACUAUUCUUGUUUUUUUCACACAGGCAUACCCCAAAUGCUUCUACCAAUUCAUUUUCAGCCAUCAGUUCAAGAGCCAAUGCCUUUUUAAAAUAAAUCUGUGGUCUUGUUUUUAAUGGCUCAACUGUUUAAUACAAUUGAGUAAAGGUUUGCACUGAGAAAUUAUGGUUUAGGCCUUACCCCCAUGAAGUAUUACUAUUAACAUAUGUUCAGAACUGCUUCCUUCCACCAAUGUGAACUCUUUUCCCCAAACAGUGUUAAAAAGCCACUUGGCAACACUUCAUAUAAUGUACGUUCACUGUUACUACAUACAUAUCCAAGUAAAUCAGAGUUUUGGGUGGAACUGUUGAGAAGCCUGAACUUUUUGUUUUUGUUUUGUUUUACCCUACAACAUUUAAUUUAUCCAGAAUGGCAGCUUUAGCAGAUGGUCACAAUCCAUUUUCUAAAUCAGUUUUUAUUACACAAAUCCAAAGUAUCCUAGCUCCUAGCUCUUUGUCAAAGAUGGUCUAUAGACGUGUUUCAAAUGAAUAGUGACGCUGUACUUUUUAAGUUGUUGCAAUAUUAGAGACGCUGUUUUCACCUUUUUUUAAAGAUGCAUUUUGUUUGCAGGUUUGUGAAGUUCUUGGAAACUAAUUACAGGAACAUUUUUAUUAAAUUCUCAGGCAUGUUUGCAAAUAUGGCACAUGUAUACAUGUUAGGAAAUUUUACUUUUCUUAAUCUUACCUUUUUAAAGUAUACCUAAUAAAAAGACAUUCCACUACUAUAAUACAUAAUGCUCAGCCUUUCAUGAAGAAAUAUGAAUUGUAUUUUGUGUUUAUACAGGUAUUUCACAGUACUUUGUUCUUCAUAAUGCAGCCACUAUAACUUGAUAAGUCAUUGCACUACUUUAAAAUUUUUAGUAAUAUCAUGAAUUUAAUUUGCUUUAAGAUUUAGUACAUUUCAUAACUCUUGAACUGUUAAACUGCAUUGGGAAAAGAAGACUUUGUUAAUAGUUUUCCCCCACCCCAUACCCACCCUCAGCAAAGCACUAUCAUUUUCAUUUGAAAUGGUAUUCUGUUUUAUGAUGUGUUUUCAAAUGGAGUUCAGAAUCUGCAACUCAGUUCAACAUAAAUCUGUUGAGCUUUAAAAUGUAUUUGAAUAUUUAAAUAGGCAUUUAAAAUUAUGAAUUAGAUGUUUUUAAAUUUAUGCAUAGUAAUUUUGCACUGUAAAAUAAUUCCCUUUUCCCAUUCCCUGUCUGCCAUUCUGAAUAUGCUUAUUAAAAUAUUUUUUUAAACAUA